AAAUGUUGCCCCACGUUGGGCAUCGGACAAUCUAUCUGCUAGCCUCAUAAAGGUACUUCACUCUGUGUACUUUGGACGGGGUAUUGUUCACUACCUGUAUGGACGCGCCAGUGAAUCCGUUUGAUCAGUCUGCCUUGGGGCAUUCACUCCGCCAAUGUCUAAGCUCGUCAGCCACAGCGUGAAGUUGUUGCUGCGGGGUCACGUCUUCCAGUCUGGAGUAGGCAAUGACCUGCCUCUGCAUUAGGCAGCGAGCGGGAGUUAUUAGUAAACAAAGUAGCAGGGCAUAUAAGUCGAUAGACUGCUAAUCAGCCAGACAACAAUUGACAACCCCAUCAUCCAAAAUGGUACACCAUCUCCCCCUCACCGACCAAGUGCUCAACUACAAGGCUCCCCAUCCGCUGGUGGAGGAGUUCACUCCCGCUCGAGACCGGGCCUUCUUCGCGGAUCCGGAGAAGAAGGCGUUGCUGAGUGCGGCCAAGGAGGUGCGGCACUUGACGCCAUAUACCGGGACGGAGCUGGUGGGCGUGCAGUUGAAUCAGUUGACGCCGGAGCAGCGUGAUGAGCUUGCUCUGUUGGCUGCUGAGCGAUGCGUGGUCUUCUUCCGAGAGCAGGAGAUGACGAUUGAUGAGCAAUAUGAGUUGACGAAACACUACGGCAUUCAAGAUCGAGAUCCGAAUCAAACUGAUCCUCGCCAUGUCACCAUCAUCGGCAGAGACUACGACACGCGAGGCUACGCAGCAUACGGCGCAGACUACCACUCCGACCACUCAAUGGAACUCAACCCCCCAGCCUACACAAUGCUCAACAUGCUGCGCACGCCCCCCUCCGGCGGCGACACAAUCUUCACCUCCCAACCCGCCCUCUACGACAAACUAAGCCCCACCUUCCAGCACCUCUUCAACCACCUGCACGCAGUGCACAGCAGCGAGCACAGCUUCAUCAACGCGGUAGCGAACGGCGGCGCCCCCUUCCGCCCGCCAGUCCGGCGCACGCAUCCCCUCGUCCGCACCCACCCCGUCACAAAGCAGAAAUCCAUCUUCUACAACCCCACGUUCGUCAUCCAUUUGGAGGAGCUGAAGGGCCAGGAGGCCAUUCACACGCUGAACUUCCUGCGCGAGCAUUUGCACGCUGCGGACGAUUUGACGGUGCGGUGGAAGUGGGAGCCGCGCAGUGUGGCGUUUUGGGAUAAUCGCGUUGUUGCGCAUCGUGCUUUGCCGGGAGGGUAUGAUGUUAGCAUGCGAGAGGGCAAGCGCACGGCGGUGUUUGGGGAGAGGCCUUUUUUCGAUGAGGUCGGGGCGGUGACGUUGAGUGAGUACAACAAGGCUGGGAAGGGGUUGCCGGUGACGAAUGGGGUUCAUAAACACCAGCCCGAGAAUCUGUGAGGAUGGGGGCAGUACAUGUAAUGAGGCAGUCGAGCAGUUGGCCAGGAUACAGGU